CCACCGCUGGCGGGUGGUGCAGCUCCUGGAUCUGCCGAGUUUGUUGCCCUCCAACUUGGUCGUCGUGCCCUCGGUUGCAAUCACUUUCCGAAAUAUCGGCCGUCCCUUGAAGGCAGCGACCAGAAAUAUCCAGCCGUCCUUGGAUUCUUCCAUCAGUCUCAAACUCGCCAUUCGCAGGUCUGUGUCAGCGUUCUGGAGACCUGCAGGUUUUGCGUGAACUGCUUGUCCCAAGCCACGCCCGACGGCUAUGUUUUUUGGUCCAUCAUUGCCGAGGCCUGCUCACUUGAUGCCUCGACGCGCAAGAAGGAUAAUUGGCUCGCUGGCCCUGCGUCUUCAGUCAAUUACCCUCCAUUUUUCCAGGCUGGCGCGGAGGGCUUCUUUAGUCCGUCUCCCGGAGCAAUCUCUUCUACUCUCAGAGCUCAGCCUUCGACUGUUGCUAUUCCGAAGCUCCCUGGAGCCGAGCAGGCUUGGGGAUGGAUUGAUGCGCAGCGAAGGCCGUUCUACAUUGACCAGCUCCAUCUGGCCAAGAGGCCGUGGUCACACCAUGCAGAGAAGGCUGCUAAGCUGGACGCAAUUAUCGUCCAGAAGUUCGGAGUCCCGUUUAUGGCUGCAGGAAAGUCGAAAGUGCCCAAACCGAAGGUUUCCCAUAGUCCAAAUCCCAUUAUCCCAUCGCCGCAGGGACCUUCUCAUCCGCUUGCACGGCCUCCGGGCCCAGUGAGACAGCCUGAUGGGCGUAGUGCUAGCACCCCAGGACACCUUCAGCCCGACAUGAAGUCCUCUCCCAAUCCCAACCUUCCCACAGAUACUACUGUUCACUCUUCCACUACGCGAUCAGUCUCUUCAAGUGUUUUUGUCGAUGAACUGUUCAUUUCUCAAAGCUCGCAUACUUCACUUUCGUUUACCCCUUCACCACCGCAAUCAGGCUCUUCGUUUCUCCCGCAAUCUCAGCCCACCAACCCGACGGCCGCGCCCCAAGGACAACCUGUUAGUUUAGAAUAUCCUGGCUCUCUUGUUCCUGGUCCUCCAAAAACGAAAGAGGUCAAGCGUAAGCCCAUCAAAGCUUAUGUUGAUCCGUCAAGCUCCAAGACAUUACCGGAAGCAAGUGAUGAAACCUCCGCUACUUCCAUGGCACCCAGACCUUUGAAGUCGCAGAAGAGCACAUCGACCACAGCUCAAUCCACAACAUCGACCGAGAAGGCGACCGCGCUAGCGAAGAGCCCCAAGUACGUCCCAGCCCAAAACCGAAGCAAUACUCCGUCAUUAAUCUCCACUAGUCCUGAAUCAUUGUCUCUUAGAGGAUCUGCCUACAAGGACAUGGUAGCUGGUUCCUCGUCGCGAAGAGUCGUGAGCACGUCAUCUGCUACCUCGGCCUCUAUAUCAAGGACGCUCGCGUCAACACACAGCACUUCUAUCACCCAGUCGUAUACAUCUGAUGUCAACGCAGGUCAUGGUGUGUCAUCUACCAAGCCUAGUCAUGUGAAGUCUCUCGUCGUCGGAUCAAGCACCCCUCUGUCUACACUCGAGAAUCACGGGUCUGCUGCGGCGAAAGCCAAAUCACCGAGGCAAAUCACUACCAAUCAGUCUGGUCACAAUCCAGUCUCUCGCAAUAGAGCAACUGCCCCCCAACUGCCCAAGAAAAAGUUGCCCAUAGCAAGACCGAUUACGAGCAGUUGGUCCCCCCAUGACCCCCUCUCCCUUGACGAGCCCGUGACCGCUCCAGACUACGCUCCCUAUACGCAGAGAGCCGCAAAUCCAUUAGAGAAUGACUCUGGGCGUCUAGAUUUGAAGAUAAGCCGCGGCCAAGACUCUCGUGUGGUGAGGCAAGUGUCUGUCGAUCGUAGUUUUGAGUCGCACACAACCAGUGCCCCCGGCAUCGCCCCAGUAAAGCAACCGCGUUUCGUGUCGGAGGAGACAGCAGCGGAGGGCGUUGAACGAGUCCUUGUCAAAGGGGCCUUGGAAGCGGGCAAGAAGCACCCAGUCAAACCUUUUUCCUCACUUUUAGAGGCUACGACGCAACAAGCUUCUCAACAGAAUUUCAAUCAGACGGUCAAUCAGACUGUUCAACAGAGUUCGCAGCAAAAUUUCCAUGGGACGAUAGAAGCUGGAAGUCGAAUCCAGGCAACAUCAGGUUCGGCAGCCCCAACGGCAAAGAAACAGCCAAUUGUCCAACAGCAACAGACGUCCAGGAUGGCCGGAAGCCAACGGGAGAAAGCUGCCGGUUCCUCAAGCUUAAAGUCAAAAAACCAAAAGGUUGUUCAAAAGUCUUCUCAACCUGGUCUUCAACAGAUCUCCAGCGGUGACCAAAGGGUUUUGGACGCUGGUCUUCAACGUCAAGUGAACACUAGCUCUUCAGAUCCAGAAGCAAAGAGCAAACAGUCUGUCCAGCACACAAUACAAGCCAUUACCCAGCAAAGUUUCAUCCAAAAUAUCCACCAGAACGUCCAUCAGAAUAUUCACCAAGAUAUCCAGCAGCAGAACAUCCAGAACAACGUUCAACAAGGCUUCCAGAAACAAACCAUCCAGCCGCAGAACAUCCAACCACAAAAAAUACAACCACAAAUUAUCCGGCACAAUGUUCAACAAAGCUUCCAUCAGCAGAACAGUCAGCAGCAGAACUUCCAACAGCACAUAGGAGACAAUGCUCAACAGAACUUCCAUCAACCCUCCACACGAGCUCUCCGACAGGAUCUCCCACAGCCUUCUAAGCAGGCUUCUAAGCAGGCUUCAAGGGGAGUCCCGAGCCCCGAAGGCACACGCCUGAUAACGCCUAGAUCUUCUGGUCCGAAAGCACACGGAGAACAAAAUUCUCAAGGGACUCCCCAACAGUUUAGCCGAUGGAAUAUACAGCAGUCUGGCCCACAGAGCAUUGGGCCGAACGGCAAGCAGACUCCCCAGAAGCCUAUUUUGCACCCUUCUCAGAAGAAUUCUCAACGAAGUCUUGGCCCAAUUUCCAAACAGCCGCCUCCACAACCUUCCCACCAAGAACCCUCCCAGGAUACCAGGAAGAUUUCCUGUGGAAUAAAGCAAACGGAGAGAGAGGUUGCAAAAGGUCAACCUCCGAGACACAAAGUUGGCCAGCAAGUAAGAUCACCUGCUGAGAAGACGAAGGGGGUUGGCAAGGAUACGUUGGACAUGAAGGGCGCUAGGAUUCGCAGUCAGCCAAAGGACAAAUUAUCCGACAAAAAAGAAAAGAAGAAACUGGAUGACUCGGUUAGAGUUUUAGGGACAGACCGCAGUUUGAAUAAGAGGCUAGACGCGACAUUCCGCGACCGCGUCAAGUCGAAAGCAAAGCACGGGAAGGGAGACAAGUCGCUAUCCAAGGCGACACGUGGCGACAAGAGCCAUGACAAAGGAAAUAAGCCAUCCAAGAAGUCACACGGCGAACAUUCCAAUCUCGGUGGGAAAGUAAUCGCAGGAGCGGCGGUGGGAGCGGUGGGAGCAGGUUUCAUGACAUAUGUUAUCAAUAACAACCUUUCGACACAACAAACCAGCACCGCUGUUAACCAUUUGACACAACAAAACGUCAUGUACGAGGGAGAUCAUGCGCACGAGUCAGAUGCCAAUUUGUCCCCUAAUACUACUGAUGCGGAUUCUAUUUCUUCUGACUGGGUCUCUGACGACGACUAUCAUGAUACAUCUUCAGAUGAGGGCAAUGGGGAUGCACCUGACAGCGAUGGUAACAUCGACGAAGAUGCGGAUGCAUAUUCUGAAUUAAGAUCACCAAUGUAUGCCGAAGCGAGACGCUUCGAAGGUUUCCGGGAUGAGGAAAUGAGCACACCGGAAAAUGAGCCUCCCGAGAGAGAGGACGAAGAAGCCAACUUUCCAUCUACGCGCAGUACCUCCCUAAGCAACGUCACGAUGAACAACAACAAAAACAACAUCAUCAUUAACACCAUCAACAAUAUUAAUAAUGUCAAUAACACCAACGACGUCUGGCUGGAAGAACGUUCAGGCCUUGAUUCGAGCCAGCAAAGUCCUCAUGACAUGGGUGGACACUCUUCUCCUGUAGCUGAACAACCCAUCACUGCAGAGUCUGAGCUUUUGGGUUCCGGCGCCAUAGACCUCCCAGGAUCACGCUAUGGGUUGUUAUCUCCAGAGGAACCAAACUUCGACUAUGGCGAGUCUAAGACCUCUCAAUCUUCCUCGGUCGAGCCUCAAAGCGCUUUCGAUGAAGAAACUAGACCAGGCGAGGUUGAUGUCGGUUUGCAUAUGUCUCACAAGGGCUGGUCUCGAGAAUCUAACCCGGGCGGUCAAGUCUCCGGGCCUGACUCUUUCCAAGCUCCCUUUUCCCAUACCGAGGCUGGCCCCUGGCCUACUGCUGAAGACUCAUACGCCGGCGUUACAAGUUCGGCCACCGACGCGCUCCAGCAAUCAUCGCCUGCGGCUGAAGCACAAGGGAGCCUUGAAACAAAAUCUAGAGACAAUCAACAAGGUCCCAACCAAGUAUCCGACCUACUUGGAUCUCAAUCACAAUACGGUGGCCUCACGUCCAAUUCAGAGCCAAACAUAGAUCAAGCAUAUCCAGAGUCUAAAGAUUGGCCCGGCACUCACCCAGCUUCACAUCCAAAUAACCCUACCAUGGUAUAUGAUCCAUCGUUAGUCCCUGUUAACUCAGACAACGGUACAGAUCCCCAACACACCGACCCGGAACAGAUACAGAAAAAAGGCGACUCGAAUUCGAAGAAAAAGGAGCACUCAUCCAAUGCUGCUCUUGCGCUUGGCGCUGUUAGUGGUGUUAGCUUAGCGAGUCUCGGGCUAGCAGCAGCCUUUGACAACGAUUAUUUGCCAUGGCAACAAGAACACGAUGUUCAGGCGAUGACUGCUGAGCAAUUUGAUCAGUCAGGCGACUAUCAUGGGGACACGGCAGACAAUGGCUCCGUUUACGGCCACUCUCAUAUGAUGGAGGAAUCUAACGUUGAAAAUCUGUACAACGGGCAAGGCUGGGGCGAUGUAUCAUCCAAUGGUGCGGACAAUGAGCAGGCUCUGCACUGCAGAGACGGGUAUACUCCUGGGUCUUUCGGCGAUGAAACAGAAACCUUCUACGAUUACAAUCGAUUUUCAGGCAACAAUAAUAUCUGUAUCGACGCAUCGGGAUCUUCUCAAGGUUCUUGGGAUGGCAAUCAGUACAUCGACGAAACCGAAGCUCAUGGCGAGGAGACGUGGCUUGAUGAUGAGGCAAAUCCACAUUUUGAUCGAUACAGUGAAGUGACUCGAGACAGUGAGGACAAUGAAGAUGAUCAGAAACUGGACGAUACAUACGAAAAUCAGGAGAGUGAGAGUGGAAAUGGUGAGAUUUGGGAUGAGAAUCGUACUUCAGCCGAUAUUGAAGACGGUCGUGGGGAUCCCGACAACAUUGAUGAAGAGACUUAUGAUGAACAGCCCUAUGAGAACGACAAUUCCACUAAUGUUUGGCAUACCGAUUACAAUGAAAAUGAAAAUUCUCACUCUGGUAGUGACAACGAGGAUGUGGGGGAUGAUACUGGCGAUGAAUUCAGCGCCUGGAGGAAUAAUCCCAGCGAUGGCUGGCAGAGCGAUGGGGAGGAGCAAGAUCACUUUGAGCAGCAAGGUUAUCAAGACGAUGGCGAAGAUAACAAUUCUAAUCUCGAAUAUCUCGAGCAGCAGAAUGAUUUUGAGGAAAACGAGGACUCCGGGCCAAAUGAUGAUGAAUAUCUUGGAAAUGAUGGUUCUGAAAUUUACGAGGAGUCUGAAUCUGAGGAGGGAUUUGGGCUUCAUGAGGAGGAAGAGGAAAUAGAAGAGGAAGAAGAAGUUGAGGGGUAUGAGGAGGAAGAAGAGGAUACAGAGGGGGAGGAGGAGGUUGAAGAGGAGGAAGAAGAACAGGAAAUUGAAGAGGAGGAGGAAGAAGUCGAAGAAGUUGAAGAGGAGGAAGAAGAACAGGAAAUUGAAGAGGAGGAGGAAGAAGUCGAAGAAGAUGAAGAGGAGGAGGAGGAGGAGGUAGAAAUAGAGGAGGAUGAGGAAGUUGAAGAGGUUGAAAGAUAUGAAGAAGAGGAAGAAGAGGAAGAAGAGGAAGAAGAGGAAGAAGAGGAAGAAGAGGAAGAAGAGGAAGAAGAGGAAGAAGAGGGAGAGGAGGAAGAGGAGGAAGAGGAGGAAGUUAGAGAUAUUGAAGAAUAUGGGGAUUAUGAAGAAGGGGGAGAGGAAGAGGAGGAAAUAGGGGAGGAUGAGGAGGUAGAAGAAGAGGAUAAUGAUGGAAGUUAUUCCUAUUGGGAUAAU